CGUGGCUGUCUAAUGCAGUGCCAGACUAGCUUGGGCGUUCAAUUUCUCUACGCUCUUUUCAAAUUUUGGUUCAGAAUGGUCUCAAAAUGGUGUGUUCAACUAAAAAUGCCUCAGAAGGCUUUCUUAUACAGCCGAUGCAAUUAAUAGGGGCUUUCUUUUAAAGGGGGCUUGUGGAGCAUGAGAAAAGAGAGGUUCACUAAAGUUUUUUGGCUUUGUUGCAAAAGGAGGUCAAGGUUUAAUUUUUCUCCAGUGAACAAGCUUGCAGAUUAAGAUUUAUGUCAGUCCAAGAAGUGAACAAACAUGCAGUUCUCCCUCCCAUCAUUAGUAGAAAUGACAAGGAGUUUUUGGAAAGCAUACAAAGAUACAUAAUUACAGAAACCAAAAGAGUGGGUUGCAACGAGGAAGGACCUGCUGAUGAAUAUUAUGCCAUAUACCGAAACGUUUUCGACAAGUUCAGUGCCACAGACAGAAAAAUCGUAUUUCAGGUAAUAGACUAUGUCAAUGCAUACAAGUCCAUUCUUACUUCAAUCAAAAAAGAAUAUGAUGCCUUUAUUGAGACAAUAAAGAAAGGCCGAAGAACUGCUUUCUAUCUUCAUGGAAAACUUAAAGUUUUGGCAGCAGAGCCUACAGCAUUGGUGUAUCACCAGAGAAGAGCAAUCCAACUUGAAGCAAAAAUGAGGAUUAUUGAAAAAAAUUCCAAAGCGAUUCAAUUGCAAAUAGAUGAGAUGAGACAGCUGAGAAUGGAGUAUGACAAGAAAGAAGUAAAGGUCUGUGCUUCCUCCACGCAGCUCUGGAAGCCCAUCCCAGGGAUGACUCUCCAGGAUUCUGUCAAUCUGGAAGCUCUUAAUAAACAUAAGCAGUAUCUUCAGGAUAAAUAUAUAAAACUUAAACAAGACAUGUCAACAAAGUAUGUACCAGCCCAAAAGAAAAUUGAUCUAGAUGAGGAAAUGAUUGUGAUACUAAACCGGCGAGAUAUAGCUGAAAAUCUGAACAAAGACCUGAAGUUUCGCCAUCAAAGACUGCAGGUUAUUUCACGCAUACUUUCUUCAUGGGUGAAGAAGAACAUGAGAAUUCCAUUUCAAGAUGUCAUGGAGAGAAUUCGGAAAACCAAAGCUAUCUAUGGAGAUGACAACAUUGUUGAUGAGCUAUUUGAAGAUGAUCCAAACAAGACAAAAGAAGCUAUAGUUAUGCUUUACUACAUUGAAAGGUUCAAUGAAUUAAUCUCCCUUGGUGAAUAUGAGAGGGCAGCUUGUUUUGCAGCAAACAGUCCAAAGAGAAUUCUUCAAAAUACUGGUACAAUGAAUAAAUUUAAGGCUAUUGGAAAAAUUAGAGGAAAGCCUCUCCCAUUACUCUUGUUUUUUGAGGCUAUAUUUAGCACCAGUCAAGCUUUCAAACGUCCUAUUAAUGCCGACCUAACCAUGGAGGGAAUCAAAUGUGGAUUAUCUGAGGAACGGCUUGAUUUAGUUACCCACUGGGUCACCCAGGAAAAGCUGACAUUUUCUGAGAAGGCUGGCGAUAUUAUUUUUGCUUAUGGAGAGGAGCACACAUACCACAAGUCCAAAUGCUUGGCAUUAGCUCAGAUUGUCUACAAUGAAUGUGGGCUACACAAGAAAGCUCUUCUUUGCCUGUGUAAACAGGGUCAGUUUCAUGAGGCUAUGGAACAUAUACAACAGUCCAAGGACAUUAGCAUUGAUGACCUGAUACAGCUAAUAACAGUAUGUCCCCAAAUUGACUUAAUUAGAUGUCUUAUUCAUGGAAAGAAUGGGAAACCACCAUUUUUAUCUUUUGGGCUUGCUGUUCUACAUCUGUUUUCUGUGGAUAUGAAAAAAGUUGGCAUAAAGCUACUUCAGGAAGUCAGUAAAAGCGACAAAGAUGUGAUUGAGCAUCUUGUGAUGAGUGAUUUAUUUUGCACCUUAGAAAAGUGGCAAGAAAUAACAAAUAUCUGUUUGCAGAAUGGUUUUAAAAAUUUGUCUAACGACAUCAUGUCCAUUCUUCGAUCCCAGGCUGGAGUUUCAGAAAUUUUUGAAGACGACACCACCAACAUAAUGGAACAUGUUUUUUGGUAAUUUUAUAUUUUAACCACCCGAGGGCGCUUGUACAACAUUUUACAGGCAUUGGCUGGGAAAGCUGGUUUUAGCAUAAUUAAUAUAAAUAAAUGUUGAUUAUAAAGCUCUCAACAGUAAAUCAC